CUGAGUCCGGCGGUGCGGAGCGCAGCGCAACGCGGGCAGGAGCCGAGCCCCAUGAGACUGCGCGAGAGCAGCGCGCUCCGCCUGGCAGGCAGCAUCUCUGGUCAGCGCUUCCCUCCUAUCUCGGAGCCCCGCAGCCGAAGCAUGGCCCCUCCCAGUGAUCAGUGGCGCAGUCAUCACUGAGAGACUGUGGUCAGGCAGCCCGAGCACUGGGACAGACACAAGGAUGGAGAAGAAGAAAAUUCUAAUGAAAUCCAAAGUUGCUGCUUCCAACCUUCUGCGUGCGCUGCAUUCGCUCUAUCAGUUUGGUCACCUCUGUGAUGUGAGGGUCCAUACGGAGCACCUUGGGAUUCAGGAGGAGUUUCUGGUUCAUAAGGCUGUCUUGGCUGCUUCCAGCAAUUACUUUAAAGGGCUUUUUCUUCACGGUGAGAUGUUGGAUGCUAAGAAUUGCACCGUGAUGCUACAGGACAUUUACACAGAAGAAUUCACCUCCUUUCUGGAAUUUGUCUACACUGCAGAAGUAGAGAUUGACGCAGAAAAGUUGCAUCGGAUGAAGGAGGUGGCCGAGAGACUCGAGUGCAAGGAUUUGCUUGACAUUUGUGAAGAAAUGAAGGCAGAGCGUAGAAAAGCCUUAGAUUUGAGUGUCCAUUUGAAAGGUCAGAUAUGUGCAAAUGGUGGGUCCCAGUGUGCUCCUGUCCAGCAAGCAGAAGACAUUGAAGUGAAUGAUUCUUCCCAAAUUGGAGUGACAUCCAUGAAGAGAAAAUGUUGGGACAGCCAGGAAUGCAGAAAAUUGCUACCAGACUACGAGAUUGUUGAUGGACAACCUGCAAAUCCCAAUAAAGGUGGGACAGAUCUUCCAGAGUUGAAAGCUGGGAUGGUAAAGUCAGACAAACAGAACAAAAUAGAGACAGGUGAGAUGAUUAGCAUGGAUACAGUCAACCCAGAGGAAAAUAAGACAAGCCAUUGUUCCCUAAACCGGUCAAACUCAAAGGAAACCUGCAUAGUGAUUAAAAGUGUGCUUCCUGGCCAGGAGGAGGAUGAAAAUAGUUUAAUUUCUGAGCUCCCCAGUAAAACCGAACGUAGGAAAUCACCUCGCAACGUAUCAAAAGUCUUGCCACAAAUGUACACGUGUGAGAAGUGUAACCAGUCAUUCCAUUUCAUCAAACACUAUCAGUCACACAUGGAGCUGGAACAUGACAUCAACAUUGUGCUCAAACACAGCUGCAAUAUGUGCGACCAGCUCUUCUCGAAUCGCCAGAACCUCAGGCAGCACCGCCUCACGGUUCACAAUGACGAGCGACGCUUCCCCUGCGUGUUUUGUGAGAAGAGGUUCAAGCGCCCGAAGGAUAUAAAUGACCAUAUCCGGAGGGUGCAUGAAAAGAAAAGGAAUCCCCAGGCGUGUCCAUACUGCAACAAGGUUAUCAGCUCCAAAUGCGGCCUGACAGUUCACAUUCGAACCCACACUGGAGAGAAACCUUAUAAGUGUGAACGCUGCCCAGCCAGCUUUGCUCAGAGGUCUGCUUACAAUACCCAUGUAAGAAAAAGACAUGAAUCUGGGCAAGACAGGAAGCUUAUGCCAGUCUACUGGAUGGUAGUUCCACCUGCAGAUAGACCAGAUGCAACAUACUGUGAAACAAAUAUUAGCAAAGAAAGAUGGGAUGGGGCAUCAGAUACUGGGUUGCGAAAAGCUACCAGGAGCAAAGAAGCCAGGGACUACGAGGAAGAACCAGGGAGCUCAUCUAAUGCACGAGUGGAUUGCAGCAAUGAAGGGGAAGAAAGGAAGGGGCAAUAUGAUGAAGCUGAAGCUAACAGAGAAGACGAAAAUGAAGACGGGGAUGAGGAUGAAGAAGAAACAAAUGUGAAGGGGGAAGAGGAGGGAGAUUACGAUGCAGUUUACUCUGAAGCAGAUGGUAGUAAAGAUAACGAGGAUGUUAGUACGGAUGACGACGAUGACUCCUGUAAUGAUAAAGAUGCUGAAGAAAAUGAAUCGGGUGAAGACUUUAAAAUAAAGAAGGUAAAUAAGGCCCGGGUAACUAAGAAGUCUGCCUAUGUUAUAACAUGCGAUAAAUGUGAUGAACAGUUUGUAUCUCGGAAAAAAUAUGUGGAUCACUGCAAAGAUGUUCAUCAGUCCUUGCCCGGUAAAGUCUAUCAGUGUGAUAUCUGUAGCAAGUCAUUUGCUAGCUACAACAGCUGGAAAGAGCACAGAGCGUGUGUCCACACUGAAGAAAGGCAGUUUGCCUGCACCAUCUGCAAUGCUACGUUUAAAAGAAAGAGAGAUGUGAGGACACAUUAUAUGCGGAAGCAUGAAGGGAGAGUGAAACGCCCACUGUGUUCGGUCUGUGGGAAGAUUCUGAGCUCUCGAACGGCAUUGGUGUUUCACAUGCGGACACAUACAGGGGAAAAACCCUACGAAUGUAGCAUUUGUCAUUCAAAAUUUGCACAGCCGUCACAGCUUAAGAUCCACACCAGGUCCCAUACAGGAGAAAAGCCAUAUAUUUGUGAGGACUGCGGAGCUUGCUUUGCUGACAAAGGCAAACUAAAUGGUCACAAGAGGACACAUACAGGAGAGCGUCUCUUUAAAUGUGAUGUGUGUGGAAAACAUUUUGCCACCAAUGAAUACUUAAAAUGCCAUAAGCGAUGCCACAUGGGAGCUAAGCCCUAUAAAUGUGAUGUUUGUGGGAAAACGUUUGGACUGAGAGCCUCGCUAGCCCAACACAGUAAUGUUCAUGCAGAGACACGUCCAUAUUUCUGCGAACAGUGCGGAAAAACAUUUACUCAGCAAGGAGCUCUCAGGCGUCACCAACGUAUUCACACCGGUGAAAAACCAUACAAGUGCAGGGCUUGUGAGAGAACCUUCACAGACAUGUCCACCUUACGGAGACACGUAUCGAUCCAUGACCGGAAUGCUCACUGGAGAAGUUUCUUAAUAGAUCUUACUACCAAAAAAGACCAUAAUUGGUCCAAAAUAGAAACCUUAUCAGAUGUCUGUAUGGGUGGGGACUCAGCACCUGAAAUUUGGUCAGUUGACCAAGGUAAACUUUAUAAACCAGAAAGUAUUAGUGUAAAAAAAGCAGAACAGAGGCCAUCUAGUGUUAACAUGCGAGACGCUGAUCACUCCCUUUUAUACUUGUAACUCUUAUUGCUCUAACCAGAAAACUAUAAAAUCUCUUGUUACACUAUGAAUGAAAACAUUUCAAAUCUUUUUUCAAUAUAGUUGCUUCAUUUUUAAGCUAUGUGAGAUACUCUUAUCUUUUUGCAUUUGAUACGAAAUGUUACAUUGCAGUCUUUUAUCUUGUUAUGGUAAACUAUUUAUGCCAAUUAGGUGUUAGACCUGUGCACAGAGUUUUAUUUUUUAAAAAUAUCUUGAAUAUAUCACACAGUAAAAUACCCAUUUAAUUAAAGUAUAUAUGUUUGUUUUGUGUGUGUGUAUCUAUAUAUACAUGCACAUGCAUAAUAAUGUUCUUGUAAAUUAUUGUCUUUAUAAUAAAGAUAUUAUGUUUAGAACAAUCCACAUAAAAUGAUAAUCUAUGCUGUAUCUAAUUUAUUUGUACAUAUUUUAUUGUAAAAUAUUUUUAACUUUCUUGAUCAAUACAAAAAUGUUCAAAUAUUUGCUCUGUAAUGUUACAAACCAACUAGAACGUAGCUGGUUAAUGACAGAAGUCAGUGGUAUAUGCCGUUUCCCAGCUUUCCAUGGUUCAUUUUGUCUUCAUACUGUGAUAUUUGCUUUUAACCCCUAAAUAUAAUUUCUUUGUAUACUGUAAAAAUAAACUUCAAAAUUAUUUCUUAAAGAGUGAUGGGACACCUCUUAGAUCCAUAUGUAUAAUAAAUAAUGAGGAGCUGUGAAUUAUGGGCUCAGUUUUAUAAUUCAAAGGUUUGAUUGCACAACCCUAGAUUAAAAUAAAUCGUCUUUU